UUUAUAUUUUGUAUAUUCUUCUUAACAAUAAUUGUUACUUUAUACAAUUCUCUGUGGUCAUCUAUAGAUUUAUGAUCUAUUUGUUUCUGACUUGUAACUAUACCAGUUUUACUAGUAUCUAUUAAUAACAUACUAAUAAUACUAUAGCUACUAGUAACAUUUUAAAUCUUACUAUUUUUUUUUUUUACCUUUUUAUUUUCAAAUUAGCAUAUUAUACCGAACUCUUAUCUGUAACAUUAUUUAUCUAUUCUAAUUGUAAAUAGUAACAAGUUUUAGAAGCAAAUAUUUAUCAUAUGAACCACAGAGCCCCAUAAAAUUAAACAAUUACCAUUUAUGCAAGAAUAUAUUGAAGUCAUUAUUAAAACAUUUAGCAUCCUAAAUAAUAUUAUUACAAACUUUAAAGUAACAAGAGGUUUUAGAAAUUUGGGUAUCAUAUUUUUCAGUGCAUUACAGCAAUAAAUGUGUAACUCAAAGUGUACUCAUUAUACUGUACUUUUUUUUUUUUUUAAAGUUUAUUUAUUUAUUGGAUGUGAACUUAAACGUGGAAACUUUUAUGCAUGUUAUUCUUCCUAGACAAGGGACAUCCAGAAGUUCAACUUUGAGAACGAAAUUUCCCAAACUGUAUUCUCGGAUUGUUAGUAAUAAUAAUAUCAGAACUAUAUUUUAUAUAUAUAUAUUACACGUGUCAUGUACGACGAGUGAGAUGAGCAGCGUGAUUAUUAUGAUACAGUUGGGCCCUGAGGACAUCCGGAGUCACAGCUGUUUCCGCAAACCAUUGUUUACCCAGGUGGGUAAACUGACACGUAAACUCAGGCACUAAAGGGCUGUACUAAUGGUAUAAAACGAAACUAGUUAAUUUUACAUAUAUAGCAAAUGUCACAAUCUGAUCUUUCACCAUGUGUGGAAUAUAAAAGAUAUUUCGUGAAACGUUUGAAUGUGAACGUAAAACAAUAUUGUGACAAACUGAAUAUUUCACAAUACGUCUGCUGCAGCGCUUUCAGUGUAAUGGCCACCAGAGUUGCAACUAACUUCCUGCCAUACGUGAACAAUUCCAGCUAGAUUUCCAAAGACUCUCUCCGCAUCUGCGAAGCGCACAACAAACAGGAAACGCUCGUGUCGUGAAUUUGACAGACGUAAAGCUUCGACCACUCAGUGUCCAUGGGGUCGAAUCACACAGCCAAUCACGUCGUAGAAGAAAGGCGGGUCUUCCGUUUACGUGACGCAAAUUUCACUGCCCCAGAACAGCCAGCGAAACAGCAGGAAAUGGCUGCCUUGGACGUGGACAGCAGUCAGAGCGACUUUCUGCAGCCGGCCAGCGGCGCCCAGGACCAGCAGACCACAGACCUCACGGCCAUCCAGUUAACGGGCUCCUCUGAUCGCUGGGAGGUUCUAACGCCUGUGAGUUCAGUGAAAGACGAGCCAGCAGUAGUGCAGGUACCCAGCGGAGGACUUCUGGGCAGCAACGGGCAAUAUGUGGUGCCACUACAGACUAUGGCAGGGCAGACUCAGCCUGUUUUUGUGACGGCUGGGGUAGAUGGCACCAGUGCUAACGGGGUGCAAUACCAGGUCAUCCCUCAGCUCCAGGGGACGGAUGGGGCUUCACUAAGCUAUGCAGCAUCCACUGCAGAUGGAAGCACGCUUGGCACUGACAUUGCUAUCCUUCCAGAUGGAACGCAAGGCAUUGCCACCAAUGCUAAUGACCUUCAGGGCCUACUAAGUCAAAGUGGGCAUGUGCAGCAAAUACCCACAGUCUCAUUGGCCGGCUCAGGGUUUGGCGCGCAGGGCCAGGUUGUCGCUAAUAUGCAGAUGGGGCUGCCAGGCAACAUCACUUUAGUGCCGAUAAAUAGCUUGAGUAACGUGGAUCUCGAGUCUCUGGGAUUGGCUGGGGCUCAGACCAUAGCGACAAGCGUUACCGCUGAUGGGCAGCUCAUCAUGACCGGUCCCACCACCUCAACAAGCGAUAACCAGGGUGAAAGCGGCAAAUGCACAGAGCCACUUAACGCCAAUGACGCUAACGCUAAUGCCUUUGUGCCAACCUCCACCUCUUCCACGACUACAUCCCUUCCUGAGACGAUAGAUGGGACUGGAGUUCUCACCCAAGCCACUGCGGUAUCAGCUGGGCAGCAGGAUCCAUCUUACAUCCAGCAGAACCAUACGUCUGGCGGCGAACCAGUGGUGCAACUCUUACCAGCGCAGGCGGCGGAUGGAACUGCGCAGACACUACAAAGCGUGCAGCUGUUGAAUGCUGGUACGUUUCUGAUCCAAGCUCAAACCGUCUCUCCCACUGGCCAGAUCCAGUGGCAGACCUUCCAGGUUCAAGGUGUUCAGAACCUGCAGAAUCUGCAGCUGCCGUCUGCUGGUGGCGUCUCAUCUCCCCAAAUUACCCUCGCCCCAGUGCAGACCCUCUCUCUUGGGCAAACUGGCACCACAGGUGCAGUGGGGCAGAUCCCGAACCUUCAGACAGUCACGGUCAACUCCGUUGGUCAGUACCAGCAAGAUGAGAACACAGAGAGCCACUCAGAUAUUCAAAUUAAAGAGGAGCCAGAGUCAGAUGAUUGGCCAAAUUCCACCCUGAACACCAGUGAUUUGUCACAUCUUCGUGUGCGGUUGGUUGAGGAGGAUAUGGAGGGAACAGGCCAAGAGGGAAAAAGACUACGCAGAGUAGCCUGCACUUGCCCCAACUGCAAAGAGGCUGGAGGAAGAGGUUCAAGUAUGGGAAAGAAGAAACAACACAUUUGUCAUAUCCCCGGGUGUGGUAAGGUGUACGGUAAGACGUCUCACCUCCGAGCUCACUUGCGUUGGCACUCAGGAGAGAGACCCUUCAUUUGCUCGUGGAGUUACUGUGGCAAGAGAUUCACCCGCAGCGACGAACUCCAGCGUCACCGCAGAACACACACAGGAGAAAAGAAGUUUGUGUGUCAAGAGUGCUCGAAACGUUUCAUGCGCAGCGACCAUUUGGCCAAACACAUUAAAACUCACCAGAACAAAAAAGGGCUAAACUCCAACACUGGGGCAGGUCAGACAGAAGCUGCCGCCCCCUCGGACACCAUCAUCACCGGGGGUGGAGCCACUCUCAUCCUUACCAAUUUGCAACAGGCUGGCACCCAGGACCUCCUUUCAAACUCCGACCUCCCACUCCAGUUGGUCACUGUGUCUGCCAGCGAGGUCAUGGAGUGACCAAAAAUCAUGCCCACUUUCACAGCUCGUCUGCUUUUCACUAUCAAUUUUUAUAUAUAUAUGAUAAAAAUAUAUAUAUAUAUUAUAAAUAUAUAUAUUUUAAAAAUGACUUAUCCAUUUAAUGUUCAAUAGCAGUCUUUUGUACAAACAAGGCAAAAAAUGACAUUAAACGUGGUUCCAGUUUCCACUGACACGCACACACACACACACACACAUGCUCAUAUUAAGAACUCGUGCUCAUACAAAAAUACAUACACAGAAAUGCCUUAUUUUGUAUCAUAAUCUGUAGUAUAAAAUGCUGGAGUUGCAUGUGUUUUUACUUUUGCUCAUGUAUAUGUUCAGGGGACGAUCAUUUGAGAGAGUGUGAUUGUGUUAUGGUACACGGAAAAGCCCGGAUGUGUGUGAGUGAUGACAGUGAGACUGUUCUGUGAGAAUGACAGCAGGAGAAGGACACAGUCUGCUGUGAGGGAGACUUACUCAUGAUCUGUCCAUUUUUAUCCUCCUCCCUCUCGGCUGGCCUUCGUCCAAAUGUGUCUUCACUCUUUGCUUUUAUUUUUAUUUGAUGUCAUGUUAGUGGUCUUUGCGCUCUCGGUCACGUGUCCUCUGGAUCUUGUUCGAGGAUCUUCUGAUUUCAUUGUUCUGCUGCCCACAUGCAACUCGAACAAGACAUCAGGUGGCAGAGUCAAACAAUCGUGUAAUAAACUUUCUUUUUCUUGUAUUGUUGUUCUUAUUGCUCUCCAGAUUAUUUCUGUAACAUUCAUAAUGUAUCUUCCAUUUUUCUUUUUUUUGUUUUCUUCAGCCCCAAGCUGUUUAUAGCCACAAUUUAUGUAGUCUAAUACUGAUUCUGUUGUAUCAAAGACUCCUCGUUUGAUUACUUUUUAAACGUGUAAAAUUUGAUGUUACUUUUGUACAACAAUUUUUUUUUUUUUCUCAAAUGGAAAACAAUUAAAGUCAGAAACCUU